ACCAACAUCCCGUCGCUCCAUACAACGUGCGCUGUUUCAUCCGAUAGACUCUGUCUUUUUUUAAUUGUACAGCAUCAAUUUGAUCAUAUUUUGUGAAUUUCUUUAACAACAUGGUGAAGUGCAAAAAUAUAAAUCAGACUAAAGAUGUUGAAGAGAAAAAGAGGGUUUUGCAAAUUUCUGAAGAAAUUGCUCUUGUACAAAAGCUUGCGGACAACGAAGUUCACAUGCGAGACCGCGCUUUGAAAAGGUUGAAACGCUGGAUUUAUGGAAAAACGAAGGAUGGACCUGCAUUCACAAAGGAAGACCUAAUGAUGUUGUGGAGAGGACUCUUUUACUGCAUGUGGAACUCUGAUAAGCCACUAGUUCAGGAGCAACUGUGUGAGGAUAUGGGGAGUUUGGUCCACUGCAUUUUGAAUGACAAAGAUGUGAUGCUCUUCAUUGAUGGAUUUCUAUCAACUCUUCGCUAUGAAUGGACCUACAUUGACAAUUACCGAAUGGACAAAUACAAAAUGCUUGUCAGAAGAGUAUUGCGCCAAAUUCUGGUGAGGGUGUCUUCUGAUGAUUGGAAACUGGCAGGUGAACUUGGAAAACUUCUCUGGGAGAACAUUCUUAAUUUCAAGACAGUGCCUCCGCCGCCGAUUGGUCUAGCAUUCCAUAUCAGCGAAAUAUAUUUCCAGGAAAUUUCCAAAUGCUCAGGUAAAAAUGAACUGACAGAAAACGCCCUGCUCGAUUUUGUGCGACCCUUUGUCCAAUGCAUUGCUUCCAAUAAGACAGAUGAACGACUGCAAGCCAUAAUCAGAGAGUCUGUUUUCGGCUACUUGGUCAAUCAGUCUGAUGUUGGUAUUGAACAAGACGAAAAGAUCCAAGCAUGGAAAAUGAUGGGCUGCCCAGCAAUUAAUUUGGACCAGAUCGAGAAAAAUGAGAUUGACUCAGAGGAUGACGAAGAAAUGAUAGCUGCUGAUAGUGAUGAUGGUGCUGAUGACGAAGAACAGAUUCUUGAUCCCAGAGCUGGACAAAUGAACGUGGAGUUGCCGCAAAUCAAGUUUAAUUCCAAAAAAAUUGCUGACAUGGUAGACGAAUUCCUGGCUGAUAAGAAACUUAACUCUAAGACCAAGAAGUCACUGAAGCUCGUCAGAGAAAUGUUCCAACUUCUUGCCCAAAACAUUCAUCCCAUUCCGUUUGAAGCGCCAGUGAAAGAGGAUGAAAUUGGCUACCUUGGUUUUAAGCCCAGGAAGUCUGCCAAGCGUGCAGCUGAAAACUUGAUGAAAUUUGAGGAAGAGUUGAUGAAGGAAUCUGCAAAAGCGCGCAGAAAGAGGAAGGGUGGAUUUGAGCCAUAUGAGGAGCUUGACGUUGAUAUCGACAAUGAGGAAGAGAGUCAACCAUUGGUUGAACAACCUCAGACAAAGCCAAGCAAGAAAGCUCCAAGUCCCAAAGCAGACGAACCUCCUGCAAAGAGACGCAGAAGGUCCUCGCUUGGAUUGAUAAGCAACUGGGAGAUCUCUGAGGUGACCCAAGAAGUGGCAAAAGAAAAGGUACCAGAUGCCUCCUCUCCAGGCAACAUAGGAAACUGGAAUGUUGUCAGCGUCAGCGAACAAGACUCGACUCCGAAGAAAGGGGUUUCAAGUGAAUGGGAAAAGCCGCUGCAAGAGGGAGAGUACGAGUACUUUGUCAGUCCGAAAAAGUCCCCCAGAAGAAGGAGCCUGUGCAAGGCUUCCAUAGACCAAGAAGUGGCAGCUGAAGAGCCCAAGCCGGAGGGCAAAGAAAACGUAGCAAGGUCGCCAUUGACGCUUGUGUUUAAUGCUAAGAUGCCUGAAAACCAGGAGAGCCCGAAAUCCAGCAGAGUAGCUCAACGUGAGGAACCCAAAAACUUUGGUUCACCAUUAAGCGCUUUGAGAAAGGCCCGUGUGUCCAUGCCAUUGAACACCAAGUCUCAAGACUUGACCCCUGUUGGAAAAAAGAGCUUAUUGAUACCUGCCUUGACAAACAGUGCUAAGAAAAGAGUCAGCAUCAAACUGGAGCACAACAAAGCGCAAGAGGUUCAUGAGUAUGUCAAGCAAUUAAGGGAAAGUCCACGCAAUCCUCACGACAGUAGCAAGAAGCCCUCUCAAGGCUUGCUCAAAGGUUCGCCUGCUCCUUUCAAGAGUGCCAUUGCAAAAUUUAGGCAAAAUAAUAUGGAUAUACUGUGAAUGUCACAAUUGCUGUAAUUAUAUAAAUACAUUUUGGUGAGCAGAAAUCAAUAUUAUUCUUUGAAUAAAAUUUGAACUAAUUAACUCAUAACUUUUAAA